AUGAACUAUUGUUCAUACACAGUUGACUGGGCGGCGGAAACGAGCUCCGCUGGAAACCCGCGAAGGCCUCGUGGCACUCCAGUUGCUAUCCGAACACGUCUUGGUUGGAUAGCUUUUGCAACACUUUCAUCAGAUGACGGUGCAGAUGUAUAUGUCCGUAGAAUAGAAGCUGAGCAUUCAACUAAAGCUGGAUCUAACAGGGACUUUCAGUGGGAACUUGAACAAUGGAGCAACAUGGAAACUGUUCCAACACCAAAGAAAAGGGCUGAAAUCCGUUCAAGCGAAGACGUGAAAGCAUUAGAUGUCUUACACUCUACUACAAAAAGGUUGCCAUCGGGUGAUGCCUUUGAGUCUGGAAUUCUGUGGAGAGAUCCAAACGUUGUAUUACCAAAUAAUCACAAAGCAGCCGAAGCUCAGCUACAUGCCCUUGAACAUCGCUUAGAAUGUGAUCCCGAAUUAAAGGAAGCGUAUCGAAAAUCUAUUAUCAAUGAUGUAGAAAAAGGAUACAUAAAGAAAUUGAGUAAGCAAGAAGUUCAAGAAACAGCAAGUGACAGAGUAAACUACCUGACCCAUCAUCCAGUAAGAAACCCAAAGAAACCAGGAAAGGUACGACGAGUGUAUAAUGUAGCUGCGAAACAAGGACGCACUGCAUUAUGCUCAGACAUCAAGGACAUGUUCCUGCAAAUGCGAGUAGUAGAAGAAGACCUACCAGCAUUACGAUUCCUGUACAGAGAUUCGAAAGAAGAGCCAAAUGUGUAUCAGUGUCUAAGAAGACCCUUUGGAGAACGAUCGGCACCAACCUGCGCCAACUACAUAAUGAAACAAAAUGCAGACAACUAUCAGCAACAGUAUCCAGCAACCGCUGAAGCCGUAAGAAAGAAUAUGUACGUCGACAAUUCACUGAAUUCACUAGAUGAUGAAGAGAAAGCUGUAACUCUAAGACUGACCGAGCUUAUGAAACAUGGCGGUUUUGCACUCACAAAGUGGUGGAGCAAUAUCCAAGCUGUGAUGAGAGAUAUACCAGAAGCUGAUAAAGUUCAAACCAAUGAAGUUGGACUUCGUGAAUUACCCGUCUCGCAAGCCCUUGGAGUGCGCUUUAAUGCACACACAGACACUCUGCAUCUAUCAGCACCAAAGAAAACACCAAGCCAUGCCAAAACACCAAGGGAACUUCUAAGCCGUAUUGCAUCAAUCUGGGACCCACAUGGAUGGCUAAGUCUGUAUACUAUUCGAGGACGAAUGUUACAACAGCAACUCUGUUUGGAAGAGUUAGGAUGGGAUAAAGAAGUUCCUGAAGACCAGCUCAGAGAAUAG